AUGGCCACACAAUUUUGGAUAUGUGAUAGGAUUAUUGGUUGGCUACGAAAAGAGGGUGACCAGUCGCCUAUUGAGUUAAGAAGGAGAUUGUUGCAAUUCCAUCAUCUUGAGCUUCUAUACCACAGAGUUUGGAGAGGAAAGGAGCUUGCCAUGUCCAUGAUUCAUGGUAAUUGGGCAGAUUCUUUUGAGAGAAUGGAGGAUUUCAAGGAGGAGCUUUUGAGAAGAAACCCAGCUGGUUGUAGGCCUUUCAUAGGCCUAGAUGGUUGCCACUUAAAGCGAAAGUUCAGGGGUGUGAUGAUGGCUGCUACAUCACUUGAUGGAAAUAAUGGUUUGUUUCCAGUUGCUUUUGGUAUUGCAGAAUCUGAAAAUAGUGAUAGCUGGAUUUGGUUUUUGGAGGCACUUAAAGAAUCAAUUCAAACUCCAGAAGAGUCAUUCAAUGCUUGGAUAUCUGAAGCUAGACAUAGGCCAGUUCUUGAUUUAUUAGAUGUCGUAAGACAAAAAAUUAUGAUGAAAAUGGAAGCAAGAAGGAGAAUGGCUGCCCGCUGGAAAGGAAAUUUAGUUCCUGUGGUAAUAAAGUAUGUAAGAGACAUCAGUCUUAAGCUAGGUGAUUAUAAUGUUUAUAGAACUAGUGAUUACAGAGCAGAAGUAAUUGAGACUAAUGGAAGACAUGAAGUAAUUCUAAAUGAACAAAGGUGCUCUUGUCGUCUGUGGGAGGUAUCGGGCAUUCCUUGUGUGCAUGCUGUAGCUUUUAUUUGUAGUAUGAGAGGUGCAAAUUUAGAAAAUUUUGUCUCGGAGUACUUCACUAUUGCCAAGUAUAAGACUGUCUAUGCAUUAGAAAUUGGACCAUUGCCUGACAAGGCUCAAUGGAUAAAAGUUGAUCUUGGAUACAAGAUUUGA